AUGCAAUCUUCCUCAACACCUCUGCUCUACCUCCACCUGCUACUCUCGCCGUGCCUUCUUCUCUUGCAAGUACAUGCAGUGCAUCAUGGGGGCAUAUCACUGAGGUCUCAGCAGACAGCGCUCCUCCACUGGAAAUCUACUCUCGACAGCUUGCCGCCAUGGAUGAGCUCUUGGCAGGACUAUACCAGCCCGUGCAAUUGGACCGGCAUCAUGUGUACAUCCGUGCGCCAUGGACGCCGCAGGCCUUGGGUCGUGACAAACAUCUCCCUCCCAGAUGCCGGCAUCCAUGGCCAGCUCGGUGAGCUCAACUUCUCAGCUCUCCCAUUCCUCGCAUAUAUUGACCUCAGCAACAACAGUCUAUAUGGCGCUAUCCCAGCCAACAUCAGUUCUCUAUCAAAACUCUCCUUCCUUGACCUCACGAGCAAUUGGCUUACCGGACAAAUACCACAUGAGAUCAGUGGCCUACAAAGUCUCACAGCGCUUGGACUAUCCUUUAACAACCUCACAGGGCCCCUCCCUGCAUCAUUGUGUAACCUAACAUCGUUAAUACUGCUUAUUAUUCACCAAAACAUGGUCUCAGGACACAUUCCAAUGGAUAUAGGGAGGCUUGUCAGCCUGCAGACUCUACAACUAAGUAACAGUGCCUUAAGCGGUGAGAUACCCAGAGCUCUUGGAAAUCUGACCCGUCUAAGUGCUUUGUGUCUGUAUGGUAAUGAACUGUCUGGGCCUAUACCCACGGAAAUAGGGAAGCUCGUAAACCUGCAAGAUCUUGAUCUCGGCAGUAACAAGCUUACUGGUGCAAUCCCUGUCUCUUUAUCCAAUCUCACAAAGAUCACCAUAAUUUAUCUAGAUGAAAAUCAAAUCACAGGUCCCAUCCCUCCAGAACUAGUCAAGCUCAUUAACCUGCAACAUCUUGAACUCGGCGAUAACAAGCUCACAGGGCCUAUACCCCUAGAACUUGGCAUCCUAUCAAAUCUCCAGAUUUUGCACUUGGAUAGCAACCAAAUUUCUGGUUUUAUUCCAGCCAACUUAGGAAACCUUACCAACCUCCAACAAUUGUGGAUGGCAGAGAAUCAACUUUCUGGCUCAAUACCAAAAACUUUUGGCAACCUGCAAAACAUCCAGAAUCUGCGGGUCCACAUUAACCAAUUAUCAGGUCCUCUUCCUCGCGAGUUUGGAAAUCUCACAAGAUUAGUUGACCUUGAGCUAUCUUAUAACUCCCUUUCUGGACCUUUGCCUGCAAAUAUAUGUGCGGGUGGCAGACUCGAAUUUUUCAUGGUUUCUUUGAACAUGUUUGAUGGCCCUAUUCCAAGGAGCAUGAAGGUAUGUACAACCUUGAUUCGACUGUUACUUGAUGGGAACAAGCUAUCAGGAGAUAUAUCCGAACAUUUUGGUGUGUAUCCACAACUCAUGAAAAUACGAUUAGCAUCAAAUAGGCUCUCUGGGAAAAUCUCACCGAAUUGGGGUGCCUGUCCCCAACUAGAGGAACUACAUUUAUCAGAAAAUUCUAUCAGUGGCCAAAUACCCUCUGCUCUUUCUAAAUUGUCCAACUUGGUUCAACUAAAACUCGAUUCUAAUAAUCUCAGUGGUGAGAUACCUCAUGAAAUUGGCAAUUUAACAAAUCUGUAUAGCCUGAAUUUGUCACUAAAUCAGCUAUCCGGAUCCAUACCAUCACAGUUGGGAAAGCUGAGAAAUUUAGGAUCCCUUGAUAUAUCUGGUAACAAUUUGAGUGGACCAAUACCUGACGAACUGGGAGACUGCAUCAAGUUACAGUCCUUGAGGAUUAACAAUAACAAUUUCAAUGGGAAUUUGCCUGGUUCAAUAGGAAAUUUGGAAAGCCUACAGAUCAUGUUAGAUGUUAGCAGUAACAAACUCAAUGGUGUCUUGCCACAACAACUCGGAAAGUUGGAGAUGUUGGAAGUUCUGAAUUUAUCCCACAACCAGUUCAGUGGUCGCAUUCCUCCCUCCUUUGCCAGCAUGUUGAGCCUAUCAACGCUUGAUGUGUCCUACAACAAUUUGGAAGGACCAGUCCCAGAAGGACGUCAACUUCAAAAUACUUCAGCUAGCUGCUUUCUCCACAAUAAAGGUCUGUGCGGUAAUCUCUCUGGCUUGCCACCAUGUUAUUCAACUCAAGUAUCUGGUCGCCAUAAAAGAAGGUUACUUAGUUUGUUGCUUCCAAUUGUCCUUGUUGUGGGUUUCACCAUUAUUCUUUCUACAAUUGUAAUUAUUAUGAUCCGUGCUCAUCACAAGAGAAAGCCCCAAGAAAGUGCUGGUACCAAUGGAAGAGACAUUUUUUCUGUUUGGAAUUUUGAUGGAAGAAUUGCAUUUGAGGAUAUCAUCAGGGCAACUGAAAAUUUCGAUGACAAGUACAUCACUGGAACAGGAGGAUAUGGCAAAGUAUACAAAGCACAACUACAGGAUGGGCAGACAGUUGCUGUGAAGAAGCUUCAUCCCACUGAAGAAGAGAUGAAUGAUGGAAGAAGAUUUUCACAGGAAAUGGAAAUCUUAUUGCAAAUUCGACAGAGAAGCAUUGUCAAGUUUUAUGGAUUUUGCUCCCAUCCAGAGUACAAGUUUCUUGUAUACGACUACAUAGAGAGGGGAAGCCUUCGUAUGACCAUGGAAAACGAGGAUCUAGCUAAAGAGAUGAACUGGCAAAAGAGAUCCACUCUUAUUAAAGAUGUGGCUCAAGCGAUAUCUUAUUUGCACCACGACUGCAAUCCACCAAUUAUCCAUCGAGAUAUCACAAGCAACAACAUCUUGCUCGAUAGAACUUUCAAGGCUUAUGUCUCGGAUUUUGGCGCAGCAAGGAUUUUGAAACCGGAUUCAUCAAACUGGAGUGCGCUAGCAGGCACUUAUGGCUAUAUAGCUCCAGAGUUGUCCUACACAUCUACUGUGACCGAGAAAUGUGAUGUUUAUAGCUUUGGUGUGGUCGUGCUAGAGGUGAUGAUGGGGAAGCAUCCGAGGGAUCUUCUGGAUCACCAUGCAUCAUCAAGGGAGCAUUAUAUGGAACUUAAGAAAAUCCUGGAUCAGCGACCAGCGGUACCAACCACAACAGAAGCGAAAGACGUAGUUCUCCUAAUGAAGGUGGCAUUUUCUUGUCUGCAAGCUUCUCCACAAGCAAGGCCAACAAUGCAGGAGGCGUACCAAGCCCUUAUCCAUCAGCAGUCUUCCUGCUCUUCCCAAGACAUUCCAGGAGAAUCACACUAGCACAUGCAACAUUUGUCCAACAACAAGCAAUCUGGUUUUCGGCUUUUUCCUUGCCUUCUUGAAUUGCAAGUUUGGCAUGAAGCCGUACCAUUGAGGUGUCAGCAGACAGCCCUCCUUAACUGGAAGCCUACUCUCCACAGUUCCUCGGUACAGAUGAGCUCUUGGCAGCACCAUACCAUCCCCUGCAAUUCGACUGGCGUCA